CCGUACUAUAUUGUCCUCUUCAACUACAUUGUGUUUACCUCAGGUGUAUCAGGCUUGUUCUUCUUCCCAUUGACUAUUGUUCAGAGCCCGGCUGAUGUGCUGAAAUGGCUGAUCAUGUCGGAGAUGGUUUCGAAGUCAAAGCAGGUGACUAAGGAUGUGUCGCAGGACGAUCAAAGAGCCACAUCUGCGCCCUCUACACUUGCUGCAUCGGUUUCCUUCGCGUUAGACGCACACACAGUCUUUGUAACCCUCGUUGCGUUCAGACUUCUUAACGCCUUGACAAUCUGCACGUUUUUCCAACCAGAUGAAUACUUCCAAGCAUUGGAACCAGCAUGGAGAUGGGCAUUCGGGAAAGAAGCUGGGGCUUGGAUCACAUGGGAGUGGAACAGCCACCUACGCUCUGCUUUGCACCCGGCAGUUUUUGGGGUAUUUUAUCAGACUGCCAACUUCCUUGCUGAAGCACUGAGCCUGGGUAGCCAUACUCGAUCAGAGGUGCUGCUUGCGACGCCCAAGGUGGUGCAAGCUUUCUUUGCGGCUGUUGGUGACUAUUUCACCUGGAAAUUGGGGUCAUAUAUCUAUGGGAAAAACACAGUCUCGUCAUUGAUUGUUCUUCUCUUGACUGUUGUCAGCCCGUGGCAAUGGUUUUGUUCGACACGCACGUUCUCCAACUCCAUGGAAUCGACUAUGACCAUUAUCGCUCUGUACAACUGGCCAUGGCAUUGGAUGCAACAACCUCUGACCACGGGGGGCCGACCAGCUUCGACCAUUGACUCCCAAGGUCUUCGCGUCCGCGAAUUGGAUUCUCGAGAACGCGGCUCUGGGGAUGAACUGACUAGACUGAGAAGAGCACUUCUCUGUGCAGCAGUAGCAACGAUUCUCAGACCUACAAACAUCUUCAUCUGGUUCAGCCUCGCUUCCAUGGCAUUCUUUCGGUUUCGAACGUCGGCAGGACCGAGUUGGACAGAGUCGACAAUAUUCAUUCGUGAGACGAUCCUAUGUGGUAGCACAGUGCUCAUCUUCUCGAGUGUGGUUGACAGAAUUUUCUACGACGCGUGGGUAUUCCCGCCUCUCAAUUUUUUGCAUGUCAACGUCAUCCAGUCCCUAGCGACAUUCUACGGUAGUAAUGACUGGCACUACUAUCUCUCUCAAGGGUAUCCGCUCCUUCUAAUGACCGCAUUGCCGUUCACCUUGAUCGGUAUGUGUCGCGUUCUCCGCAACAAAGUAGCAGAGUCAGACGCAACACCCACAGGAGUCAUAACCUUGAGGUCCUUGACUAUACUGUGCAUCCUUGUACCGGCGCUCUUCUCGAACAUCGCGCAUAAAGAAGUCCGCUUUAUAUACCCGCUCCUCCCAGCAUUACAUAUCAUUACGGCAGUCCAACUCUCAAGAUUUUUCGGUCCCUUGGUCACAGAAUCGAGUAGAGCUGGCCAUCGAGCCAGCAAGAGACUCUUACUUUUCUUUUUGCUUGCUCUCAAUGUCGGUCUAGCGUAUUAUACCUCAUACGUGCACAAUUCCGGCAUAAUCAGUCUGACACAUUACCUCCGCAACGAAUUCGAGGAUGUAUACCUCGGGUUGUCCCAGCCGUCAAACAUGACACUAGGCAUGCUCAUGCCCUGCCACUCGACGCCGUGGCGCUCUCACUUUCAAUACCCACCUACGGCGGCAAACCCGGGAAUCAGGGCGUGGGCAUUGACGUGUGAACCGCCUCUCGGUCUCGACGCGACUGAAAAGGCGACCUACAUGGACGAGGCCGACCAGUUCUACGACAAUCCCACACUGUGGUUGAAACGUCACAUGUCCAGACGAGCUCCGCGUCGGAAGGAGGGCGUCAGGGCGAGAGGCGACGCCGCUGGGGUUUUUGCAAAGGAUCCGCUGGCGGCAAAAAGGGGGGCCGUCAUCAAUGACUCGGACUCGAUCGAAGCGGAGCGUGACGAGCAGUAUUGGAAUACGGGAGGAGAAGGGAGGAAACCCUGGCCCGACUAUCUGGUGGCGUUCGCCCAUCUCGAUUCGGUCAUGACCGUGGCACUGAGGGGGAGCGGGUACGUCGAGUGCCGCAGGAUCUGGAACAGUCACUGGCACGACGACUGGCGGCGGACGGGCGACGUCGUGGUAUGGUGCCUCGACGGUACCUCACGUGCUGCCGAUGCAAGGGACGGUAAAGUUGGAUCUUUCGAGAACCUCGACAAACACACCGUUCGUGACUCUUCUCCACCAGGGGGAGAAGGCAAACGUGGACAAAAAGUACUCGGUCAGAGCUAAGGGGAAAGCGGGACCUCUUUCUAGGACAAACGACGACGGAGUCAAGAGCAGCACACUCGAGUUGGUCUCAUUGAGGCCCGUUUUUGGGUUUCGUCCGAUUGAGAAACUCCCGAACAAAAAUGUGAAAAGGGCUCCUCAUGUAUUAGUGUAAAGACGGUAUAGGAACGACAUUGAAAUGAGCUGCUCGCAUAAUGCGCGCCGUACCACGUACUACCUGCCUUGACCGUGACCACAACCAAGGUAUUUGAUGAGUCCUCCCACGCCCACCAUCGCUUCAAUAACACAAAAGAAAUAUAUAUAGGUAU